AUGGCUGAUAAAAUCUUAGCAAAGCACGAUCCACAGCUGGAAUUCGUGGCAAAAUACAACCAUGAUUCGCCUAAUCCGCGAGAGUUACCCACACCUAUUGAGAUGAGGCGUGUCGCCAGACCACUUAGACAUAUUAAACACAUUCCAGUUAAAUCGUUAAUCUUUUACUCGAACAACCAUCCUCCUCAGUUCUCGUAUGAAACCAAGAUUAAGACUCCAAUACCCCCUGAUGAAUUGACCGUUCAGGUAGAAUAUGUUGGUUUAAAUCCUGUUGAUUUGAAGAUCUUCAACAGUUAUCAAAGCCAUAUGAAUUAUGAAAUCGGUAUAGGGCGUGAAUAUUACGGUAAGGUUUCCGAAGUUGGUUCCAAUUUGAAAGACGUUUGGCAUGUAGGAGAUGAAGUUUGUGGUACCUAUUGGCACCCUAAUUUGGCCAAGGGAACAUGUGAGUCAACUAUCUUAAUCAAUCCUAAAGUAGAUGUUAUUAUUCCAAAGCCAGUUAAUAUAACAGAGCAACAAGCAAGUUGUGUUUUCUAUUGUCUCGGUGCUGCCUUCAACAUCCUUGACCAGCUUGACCAGGAAGGGAAGCUAAACCAAGAAAGUAAUAUAUUAAUUAAUGGUGCUUGCACAAUGACCGGACUAUUUGCUUUGCAGUUGUUGAAAUUCCAUUAUAGAAUUUUGAAGAAGGUUGUAUUGGUUUGCUCUACACCAGGUAUGGCUUUUAUUAAAUCGAAUUUACCGGAGUUGGUUGACGAAUUAUUGUUUAUCGAUUACAUCGGUGCUAAUGGUAAGAUCAACAAGCCUUUAGAGGACCUAGUGACCAAUAACGAAUUAGUUGAAUAUUCUAGCGAUACCGGAGAUAUGGUUACGCAGCCAUUUGGUCAAGGUAAGUUCAAUUUAGUACUUGAUUUUAUUGGAGGAUAUAGUAUUAUUGAACACUCUAACGCUAUUAUGACCAAGGGCGCAACUUACGUUACCACUGUUGGUGAUUAUAAAUCAAACUACAAAAAAGACACCUUCAGCUCCUGGGGUAAUCCAUCUGCAAGUAUGAGAAAAGUAUUCGGUAAGUUGUUUUGGUCAUUUGAUUACAGAAUGUUUUACUUUGAUCCAAACCAAAAGCUUGCUACAAAUGAUUGGCCAAAGAAGUGUCAUGAACUUGUUGAAAGUGAAACAAUUAAAUUUAUACCUGUUGAUAAAGUCUAUGACUGGAAGGAUGUCGAAAAGGCUUUCCGUCAUUUGCGUACUGGACGCGUUCAUGGUAAAGUUGUCUUAAAGGUGGAGAAGUUUUAG